CCCCGGAUGUUGAGGUAUUUUCCCACUCAACUCAAAUUGUUUACCUGAGAUUCCCUUCAGUAGUGGAAAGUAAGGUGUUCGUACAUGUUCGACGGGGAAGAGUAAUCUGCAGAUGUGCAAGAGAUGGAAGAUUACUACAGUUCUCUUGAAACGUUUACUGGUUGCAUUUGGAAUAUAAAUACAAAAUGGCAUACAAUGCUGGAAUUCGAACCCAACAACGGGACGCAGGAGAGAGGAGCUUUGGAUCGUUUGGGUCUACGUAUCGAUCUAUAACUGGUUCCCUUACACAGACCUAUGCACCUCACAUCUCGGGCAGUCACUCAAAGAGUCCUACGAAGAGAGCGCUGUACCGUAACCAAGAGGAGUCCAUGAAUACUACUGCCUACUAUGAAUAUCCCACCGAAAAACCCUUCAUCAACGACAACUACCGACAUACCUCAGACAAACACGUGUCAACAUCACCCGAAAACAACAGAUUAGCUGUCAUAUCAGCCUUGAAAAAUUUACGAGAAAAAAUUCGGAAGCUGGAGACGGAGAGAGCAGCAGCAGAAACAAAUCUUAAAAGUUUGGCAGCAGAAACCCACAGAUACAAAGACAUUCUGACGAAGGAGCCGGAAAAUGUGGAACCAACACAGACUGUCAUGUCGCAGCAGUCACAAGAAUUGGAGUCCCAGCUGACGGCAGCCGAGACACGGAGCGGGCUCCUGGAGAAACAGCUCCAACACAUGAGGAAGUUGGUGGAAAAUGCCGACUCAGAUAAACGUGAUGCUGUUACUAAGUCAACGAUAUUGGAGAAACAGCAACACCAAGAAGAGUUCCACAAACCAAUAAUGACGUUUGAUCCCCAGGCGGAAAAGAUCAGCCAACUUGAGCGAGAACAACUGAAGUUAACAGCCACACAAACACUGGCAGAGGGUAAAAUCCGAGACUUGGAAGAAAAGAUAAGAGAAGAGCGGCACCAAAGACAGAUGAUGUCAGAAAAGACCGCUGUGCUUGAGACGGAGGCACAAACAAACAGAAUUCUGAUGCAUGCUGGUGCAUUGCACGAGAAACGGCCAACGUCAGCACGGACGAAAAAGGUGAAGAAAAAGAAAAAGGCUUCCAACAAGAAACAGAAGACACAUCCAGCUGAGCAGGAGCCGGAGAGAAAGCGGGAGGCACUCAAGCAUUACAGACUUAACCUCGCUGACAUUCCAUUUGUAGCUGGCAAGUCCUCUACUCCUAGUCAUUCUGUUGGUGCUAACGUCCAGCGUGUGUUGUCGUUAAUGAAGUCACAUAAUAUGGCCCUGUGUUCCUCCGCUGACCAGUGUGAUACUCACAGAUCAUCCGGUACAUCCUCAGGGUCAAGCUCAGACGGCCUUGACCAUGACCUUGCUGAACUCUUACUACAGCUCCAGGACGAGUUUGGCCAGAUGAGUGUGGAACAUCAGGAACUGUCGAAGCAGAUAAACGAGGUGACCGAUUCAAGGGUACGAGACGACCUGGAGCGUGAGUUAGACUCACUAGUGGGACGAAUGGAGUCUAAAAGUCAGCAGAUAUCAAAAGUUAGGAAACACCAAGAAAAGCUUGACCUGAAAAAGAAGAAAAAGAAAAGUUCUGAUUACUCGAAGAAAAUGCAACGACCGAAAUCAGCCAACACCGAUUAUACACAAACAGCCUCUGAGGUGGAAGUGACAACCACGAUAAAAACAAAGGGACGUGGGGCGGGCCUUGUACAUGUACGGCCAUCCAGUGGCCGUGAGGUCUCACUCAAUGUGUUAAAGGACAUGCGCAAAUUACAAACAACGUUACGAAGAGACGACCUCCAUUGGGAAUAGCAUUAGGAUGUCAGCAUACAUGUUUAAUUCUUGUCUCUUGUUCUGCUUUUGGGUUUCUUUGUGAGAUUUUAUAGAAAAAUAAAUUUUCAAAUUGUUUUUGCAAUCAUAAUUAUGGCUUCUGCGUAUAUACGAUAAAGGUAACCAUUCAUCUAGAGAAAUAUAUAAACCUAAUAAAAAUUAAUUAUGCUCAAUCAUCUGUCAGAAAUAUACAGAAAAAAGUAAAAUGUCAGCAUUGACAUCAUGAAGUAUCUACAUGUAUAUCUAAUUUGACAGUUGAUAACCAAUUUCUACAUAUACAUAUAUAUAUCUAUAAAAUUUUAUCAAUUUUUGAGGUUUUUUACCCCAAAGGUAAAAAGAAUCAUCAAUAAGAAUUUUUCUGGAACUGUCAUAUAUGAUUCAUUAAAACAAACAGUUGAUAUUUUGAAUUUGUAUACAUUUAUGGUUGAGCAAUUUUUGUUGAAAUUUAAUGUUACUUAACUAAUUCUGUGAUUCCGUUUUGGUUGAUCAAUGUUAUUUAAUUGAUAAUGAUUUCUCACCUUGAAACCCAACAGUUUUGUCUGUGUAUACGUGUCAUAUAACGUUUAUGUUUGUGAAAAUGUAGGGAAAAGAAAUCCUUACUGUAUAUGUGUGUCGUCCAAAUGUACUAGCUUACUGGUAAUUAUUAUUCAUUUGUCUUGUAUCAAACUUAUUCGUCUUAAUUUAUACUCAUAGUACAGUUAAACCUUCUCAGUCCAGGCACUUUUAUUGUCUGAAACGUAAAUUCUGGAAACUAUUUUAUCAAGAUUUCUGAAAUGGGAAAUAACACCUGAAAAGUAUAGGGAUAAAGUUAGACAGCUUUUAAAUUGCUGGGAAUUAUAUACAAAGUGGUUAUCAGUUAACACAGGGGCAUGGCACAGAAUAAUAUCAGGACCAUGGAAUACUGAUCUGUGUCACGCCCCUGUGUCAGUUUUCGUAUUAACUAAAACUUUGUCGCACCAGAGUACCGAUAGUCGUUUUGGUAUUAGUCCAAUAGAGAAAAACUACAUAUGUUUUUGACAGAUAUACUUUAUUAAUCAUGAUUAAAAAAAAGUCGUAGAAAAAAGAUUUUUGUGGAAGUCAUUCCUUAAUUACAUGUCAAGUGUAUGUGGGUGAUAUUUUCUUUUUAGAUUAAAACAUACAUAUUCAUGAAGUGUUCAAUUUAAAACAGGUUUUCAAUGAGAUAUUGUAUUUCAAAACAGUCAAAUGUUGAUGCAGGGACAUGAGGCACAGUAAAACCCUGUUAUAUUGCCACCAUUUGUCCAGAGAAAUAUUAGCGUUGUAAAGGGGAUUGGCGAUAAAUUGAGGGAAACAUAUAAAGGAAUUCUGAAGAAAAAACAAAAUAAAUGGACCAUAACAUUUGCGGUAAGCGAGGUGCAAAGAGAAGCAAGGAGCAUUAUAUCACAGUUUUACUUUAUGUUUUAGUGAAAUUUAAUAACAUGAAUAUGCUAAAUUGCAACAAAACUCUCUGCAUACAGUGUGUACAUAUGACGACAUAUAAACAAAACUUACACAAUAUAUGUUGUUUCCUGAUAUUAUCAGUACGAAAUAUGAAUGUACUGAUGUUGUCUUUUUUUUUUUGGCUAUUGAAAUCGUGUAGGCUUAAUAGAGGUUUUCCUCCGUUUUAAAAUCAGAACCAAUAGGUUGUCACAAAGAAAUUAAUAAAGGAUUAUGGGGUAUGACAUAGUGCUUAUAUACUUUUUUUAAUAUCCUGUCUAUUUUGACCAAUUUGUUUCCACAGGUUGUUGGAUUAGACAGUUUCACUGUAGCGGUAAUUUCUUCAUGGCAAACUUUUUUUAUAGUAAUGUAACCAUGCUACUGGAAAAACGUGUGAAGGACUCUUUUAGUUGUAUUGCACUGCUGUAGGUAGCCGUUCUGCUAUGUUAUUUGUUCCUCAAAAUCAAAUACAUAUGUUCCUGUUGGAUGAAUACAAGGAAUCAUUCCAAGUACACGUCAUGUUUGUUCUGAACAGUAAAUGAUAUUUUCUAUUUUAAGUCUUGCCAACUCCCAACAUUUAUUGUGACAGUGAGCAUGUUAUUCUGUGAUAUUUGUUUAUAAUGUUAAUUCAUAAACUUUAAAUCAAGGUCAGUGAUUAUAUAAUUAGAAUUAACAGUAAUUGAAUGUGUUAUUCAGGCACACCUUGGAAGAAGUGGUCAUGUUUUCAUGGAAUGAAUUUCAUUUCUUGCAUGACUCGGUUAUCUCUGAACUGUACUAAAGGGUUGAAGAAGUUUUUCCAAGUAAUUUUAUUUAUCAAAUGUUUUCUCUACCACAAACUAAAGCACACUAUACAUUCUAAUACCUUAUCAUGAUCAUUUGCUUCCCCAGAGAUUGAUCAAAGGGAAACAAUUAAUCCUGUUACCCUACUACAAGAGAGGUUGAUAUUCAUUUUACACAACAGACCUACACACCAUUGUUGUCUACUUCAACGACUCUUUAAUCAGGGGAGAUCAUUAUAUUUUUUCAAGAGAAAAUUUUAAUUUAUUUUAUGGUCAUGUGAACAACAUAGUUCAAACAGAUACAUAGAUGAGCAUAUCAUAUUUUUGUGGAAGAAAAAGGGAAAUUUCUUUGAUUUGGAUAAAAGAUGUUAUUGGUUAUUCUGUGUCAUGUCCAUUUGUUAUCUAAAUGUUUUAAACAAUAUUUACAGCAUUCCACUCCUCAUUCCAUGUAGGAAAGCAGCUGUCCUGUAUCUGUUACACAAAGGUUCAAACUUACCUCACAUUCCUAAUCAAAUGGCAAACGUCAGCAUUCACAGAGGUACCCCUACUCAAAUGUCUGUGAUUCUCAUGUGUCAAUAUGUGUAUAUAGAUGUAUACUUAUCGCCUAUAACUUGUAUGUAAUGCAAUAAAUAUUUUGUACACUGA